AUGGAGGUACAGUCCCAACCUCUAGCUCAGCCGCUAUGGAGCAAUAUAUUAAAGCAGCAGCCAAAAAAUCCGCCACCUCCGCCGGCGCCGCAACUAUACUCUCCCAUUAUCAACAAUCAACAUCACGGGGCUAUGGUAGGGAGUUGCGAUUCUCGAAAGGGAAUAUCUGUGGCGGUGGUCGACGCUAACGCCAUAAUCCAAGGCGGCGAGAGGCUAUCCCUCUCGGCUGAUCGAUUUGUGUCCGUCCCUGAGGUCAUUGCUGAAAUACGUGAUCCCGCUUCGCGUCACUCCCUCAAUUUCCUUCCAUUCUCUGUUGACACUCUCGAACCCUCUCCGGAUGCCCUAAGAAAAGCGAUCAAUUUCGCAAGGGCAACUGGUGACUUGCAAACACUUUCAGAUGUGGAUCUUAAGCUAAUUGCCUUGACGUAUACAUUGGAGUCUCAAACCCAUGGAACUCAUCAUAUCAGAGACAGCCCUCCUCCUAUUCACAUGGUCAACGUGAAGAGACUGCCUGAGAAGGACAUGCCAGGGUGGGGAUCCAAUGUUCCCAAUCUGGAAGAAUGGGAAGCUCUAGAGCAUGCAACCGAGGGUGGAUCGAUUCCGAAUUCCAGAAUUCUUCCCAUGAAAAAUUUGAACUUGAAUGCUUUAUCCACAGAUGAACACGGUACUGAAAACGGUUCUAUUCGAGAUGGUAGUGAAUCACAGUCUGGAGGAAAUCAGGAGGAUGACGAUGGUGGAUUCGCUAAGCCCAGGAGAUACUUACCGAAGAAGGAGAUAAACAUUGAAGGGAAGAAGAUGGUUGCUGAUGGAAUUGAUGCAAGAAAAAGGAGAUAA